AUGUACGACGCGAAGAGCCUUUCGGCCCUCCUGGUCCUCCUGUUGGCUGCCGGACCUGCCUCAGUAGUUUCCGUGCCUGUUUCUGCGGACCAGAACCUUGUCGCGAGACAGAUAGACAGCGAGUCUGAGGCCGGAUCUAAGUGGGAUUUCUCCAUCCCCGGUGGACCCUCAUACAAAAGCGGCUCUUACGCAUCUUCCGACUACCAUGAAGAUCCCAGCCAAAAUGGCGGCUCCAGCCUCUCAUCCGGAGCUGAUGCAAGCGAUGAUACAACCAUUUCUAUCCCGGGUGGCCCCAGCGCCAACUGGGGUAGCUUUGCGCACAGUAGCUAUGAACAAACUGAGCCUGAGCCCAAGCCCGAGCCUGAGCCUACUCCUACUCCUCAAGAACCCCAGCCCGAGCCCGAGCCUACUCCUACUCCUCAAGAACCCCAGCCUGAGCCUGAGCCUACUCCUACUACCCCUCCGCAAGAGCCCCAACCUUCCCCUCCACCUACUCAAGUCCCAGUCCAGCCAAUUCUGCCUCCGUCCCCAACUCCCUUUGUCCCCACUCCUCCCUUGACUGGCGCACCUGCCCCUGAACCUCCUGCUCCAUCACCCCCGGCUCCGGUCGAAGAACCUCAGCAGCCCGUUGAGGAGUGCCCAGCUCCCGAGCCAGAGACUCAACCUGAGCCUCAACCCGAACCUCAGCCCCAGCCAGUGGUUGUCCCUGAGCCGGCCUACACAUGCAAAUGCGCAGCAUAA